CCGCAGUCGCAGUCUUCGCUCGGAUCUCGAUCGGGUCGGUCGUUUGUUUCGUUUGUACGUAGAUUCGCGAGGAGUGGGCCAAGCGUCUUUCAGUUGAUUCCGAACCUCCGGGCGAGAGAGAUGCUCGUUUUCCUAGUUUUUUUUCUCGACAACGACGCGUAAGCAUUCUCGGUGUGCGUGGUCCUCAUCUUGGAAUCGUGCACGGACCGGUCCGUCGGUUAUCAUUCCCUAUUUAAAAGAGCCUCAGGAUUGACUGUGAUUUAAAAAUCAUCAUGGAUCGAUCGUCGAAGAGAAUUCUGCGAAAGAUCAUCAUAGACUUCGUGUGUCUGUUCAUCAUGGGCACCGCGGUGCUGAUGUUCUUCUUCUUUGGCAAGCCGUACAAACGUGGAUUCUUCUGUAAUGACGAGUCAUUAUAUCACCCGUUUCACACAUCAACGGUCACCAGCACGAUGCUCUACGUCAUCGGUGUUUUCCUACCUAUAUGUGCGAUGCUAAUUGGUGAAUAUCUCCAUUCGAGAUAUAGCAACACGGAAUCUUCCAAAGUAUUAUGUGGUUACAAUAUACCUCCUUGGUUGUGGAGCGCAUAUGAAAAGAUUGGAAUCUUCGGUUUUGGAACCAUUGCGAAUAUUUUAUUCACGGAUAUAGCCAAGUAUACCAUCGGCCGUCUAAGACCCCAUUUUAUGGCGAUCUGUAUGCCUAACAUAAAUUGUAGUCUUAUCGAGAAUCAACACAGGUACAUCGAAGAUUAUAGCUGUUCACCGAAUACUUCAUCCAGGACCCUAAAGGAGGUCAGAUUAUCCUUUCCCUCCGGACACUCGUCUUUCUCUGCCUACACCAUGAUCUAUCUUGCGUUGUACUUACAGCUGAGGAUAACAUGGAAAGGUAGCAAGUUAGUAAAACAUUUACUUCAAUCUCUAUGCCUGCUUAUGGCCUGGUUCACCGCAUUGUCACGAAUUUCUGAUUAUAAACAUCAUUGGAGCGACGUCCUGGCCGGCACGGCCCUUGGUACCAUCGUGGCACUAGUCGUGGCGAACUGCGUGGCGGACUUGUUCAAGGAGCGGAGACAUUCCUUAACGGAGGAGAAGCAUCGCGCGGCUGAUUACGAAACAGGAGGCGGUACACAGUUGUCUCUGGGAAGCUAGUCCGAUCUCAGGGAUCAAAACGCUGGGCGUCUGAAGCCGGGCGCAUAAUGGCGUCCCAGCUCUUCGCAAAUUUUUCAAUCCAACAAGCAAACUGCCUUACGCUGGGGACCGGCGCAGCGCGUCGCGUCGUGUGCCGAUCAUCAUCACCCUCUCAUCAUUACUAUCAUCUACGUUGUUGUCGUCAUCGGGGAGAUUCCAUGCAUCAAUUUCUGUAAAAGUUCCCGUGCAAUAUGUCGCGCGGAUCUGUCAUGCGAUUGUUUGUCACAGUGCUUUCUCUGUUAUAUUCGGGUUAAGCUUUUUGGUGGUCAGCUUAACGUUUGUCACUGCUGGUGGAAGGAAUCUAUAGCGAGGAGCGACUAUUAUUUGUGGUUGCAUCGUCUUAGCCUGAGGCGUCGAUGCCCUCUAUUCUUAUAUUUCGUACAAGUCCGUUGAAUCGACUAAUUUGAUUUGCAACUGAUUUUAUUUGUACACGUUACUCAAGAAAGUUAAGUAAAACUCCGCAAAACGGACUUUCUAAACGAUCUCGAUACUUCUGAUAUAUACAGAGGGCGCAAGUGUUUUGGUAUAAAAAAAUAAUUAUCGUUUACCCUUCGUUUUCAGGAUGUAAUUAUUACGAAUAUUGUCUUAUAAACAGAACACGACCAAUUCAGAUUAUUACUUUAUAAUUCCGUGCUUAUUAUUGAAACGUUCUUAACAACAGACAAUCCAAUCUAACGACGUGAAUUCGUGCUAUAAUUCAAGAUUUCUAAUAAUUAUAUCUCGAGGCUUUUUGCAGCAAAACACUCAGAAAUAUGUAUAUUCCCUCCAAGAUAUAUCAGAACUCUGGAAAUCGAUGAGAACGUUCGUGCAGUUUUACCAACCGUGAGGACAAUGGCGGAAAGUGGCCAUUUUUGGCAUUUGUCGAAAAAGAAAAAUUUUUCCAUUGCGUGCAUCCACGCAUCUUGAGGAAUCCAGAAAUAGUUUUUUUACUAAGUGACUGGAAAGUUGUAUAAUAUAGGAAUUCAUGAGGAGCACAAUUUAUCUAUUUAAUGUUUUAUUCAAAUGAUGUAAGAAAUUUGCAGGUAAAUUAGUGAAAGGUUGACGACGAUCAAACUCAAGCAACCAUAAAAUUGUUGCAACUACUAUACCCUGAGAAGAAAAAACUUGUGGGGUAUCACGAGGGAUAAGGAGGUAUUCAUUGAACGUCAUACAUGGAUUGGGUUGACACACCUGGACGUUAGUUCGUUCUAUGAGGGCGUUUGUGUACGCCUGACUUUGUGGUUGUGUAUCAAGAAUGAACUAGCAUUUCUGAAACGAAAUGGCGCGCCCACCGAUAAACGUUUUCUGUAAGCCUUGCUUAACUGCCGACGCACAGUGCAUUUGCAUGUUAAAAAACACAUUAUGUUUCUUGAAAAUUUACUCUGCGUGUAUCAAGUUAGUGAUUCAACGCUAAUAAAAUGUAAAUCUAUGAUAACGUUGAAUAUCUCCAACUUGCCAUUACGCAAAGUGAAUGUACAAGAAUCAAAGGCGAAGGAUUUAGGACUAACAAGGAUCGAUACUUUUUUCACUACGAAUUUACGCGUGUUCCCAUUAAAUUUCAAUUAAAUAACUAUUGUUUCCUGAUUCCUUAGGAUGUACAGAUGCACGUUGUUUAGAAACUUUCUUUUUCGACGAACGCCAUAAAACGUUAUUCUUUUGAUAUUGUCCUUUUUGAUUGAUUCGUAUGAUAUACAGAAGCAGCCAAGUUUAGAUUCCAAUUGUACGUAUGAAAAGCGACUAUAAUUUUAGCGGAACAACGUCGAAGCGAUACUAUUGUAUAGGUAGACCCGUGUUUAAAGUUUUUUUCGACGAAGAUAUAUUUAUUUCUUGUUGAACAUUAUUUAUUUUUACACUAAACUUUAAGCAGCGCAUAAAUAUGUUGUUACCCUUGGCGGUAGGUACUGCUCGUUGUGUA